CCGUCGCUUUAUUACUUCCGGAAGGAAGCAGUGUGCGAAAUAUUAGUACCUGGAAGCACGAGCGAAAACAGACACUCCAGCGUCAGCCUGACAUUGACUGCCUUCCUCGAGAGCGCGCCCGCGGAUCCAUGUUGCUGAGCAGGAUCGGGGCGCUGAGCCCCCGCCGGGCGGCCGCCCGGCCCGGCCUCCUUCUCCGCUGCUGGGCUCGCAGCGCGGGAUCCGCAGAAGGAGGAACCGCGGAGCCGUCGGCCGGCCCUGGACGAGUCGGAGAGGCCACGAAGUACCGCGACAGCGUGCUGCUCCCCCGGACGAACUUCCCCAUGAUAGUGUCGGGACAGGAGCUGGUGGAGCGCGAGCUGGAGAUCCAGAGGCUCUGCGGAUUCUCGGAGCUGUACGCGUGGCAGCGGGCGAGGAAAGCCAAGAAGGAGUUCUGCCUUCACGAUGGGCCCCCCUACGCCAACGGGGACCCCCACGUGGGACACGCCCUCAACAAGAUCCUCAAAGACAUCCGGAACCGGUUCGAGGUGCUGCGCGGGAGGCACGUGCACUACGUCCCGGGGUGGGACUGCCACGGGCUGCCCAUCGAGCUCAAGGCCCUCGGGGACCCGGCGGGGACGAAGGAUCUCGCACCCCUCCAGAUCAGACGGAAAGCUCGGGAGUUCGCCGAAGGGGCCGUCGCUCGGCAGCGGGCGGCGUUCCGGCGCUGGGGCGUCGUGGCCGACUGGGACGAGUGCUACCGCACGUCGGAGGGGCGGUACGAGGCCGGCGAGCUGCGCGUCUUCCGGGAGAUGCACGCCAAGGGCUUCGUCUACCGGGACUACAAGCCCGUCUUCUGGUCUCCCUCAACCAGGACAGCCCUGGCGGAGGCGGAGCUGGAGUACAACCCCCGUCACGUGAGCCGGGCUGUAUACGUGACGUUCCCGCUGACGACUCCGCCCGCAAAAUUAGCUUCUUCUGCAGUGAACUGGGGCAGCGUCGCCGUACUGGUGUGGACGACCCAGCCCUGGAGCAUCCAGGUGAACCAGGCCAUCUGCUUCAUGCCCAACACACAGUACUCUCUGGUGAGGAGGGCCGACAGCUCACAGCUCCUCCUAGUGGCGACCGAAUGCAUCGAGACACUGGCUGCCAAGCUGGGCGCUCAGCUGGACCCCGUGGGCACCUUCGCAGGGUCGGAGCUGGAGGGUGGGGUCUGCCAGCAUCCCACGGUCCCCGGCAAAACGCUGCCGCUGCUCCCCGGCAACCAUGUGACCGUGGGCAAAGGCACCGGCUUGGUGCACGUAGCACCCGCGCAUGGCAUGGAGGACUUUGGCGUGGCGACACACUUCAAACUCCCAGUGGAGUGCAUGGUCGACGAGGACGGCAGGUUCACGGAGACGGCCGGUCCGGAGCUCCGCGGGCAGGCGAUCGUGGCCGAGGGCAUGGACUCGGUGAUCUCCAUGCUGAGGGCGGCCGGUGCGCUCGUGAAGGAGGAGGACUUUGUGCACAGCUACCCGUACGACUGGCGCUCCAAGCAGCCUGUGAUCAUCCGCGCCAGCAAGCAGUGGUUCAUCAACGUGGACAGCCUGAAGGACAAGGCCAAGGAGGCGCUGCAGAAGGUGCGGGUGACACCGGAGUCGGCGCGGGGCGGCCUCAUGGCUAUGCUGGACCAGAGGACAUACUGGUGCAUCUCCCGCCAGAGGAGCUGGGGCGUCCCCAUCCCCGUCUUCUACCACAGGGAGACGGACGAGCCCCUUCUCAACAGGCACACCGUGUCCCAUGUGGCACAGCUCUUUGCGGAGAAGGGCAGUGACUGUUGGUGGGAGCUGCCCCUGGAUUCGCUGCUGCCUCCGGAGGUGCUGAAGAAGAGCAAGGCUGGAGCGGCAAACGACUACGUGCGCGGGGAGGAUGUGCUGGAUAUCUGGUUCGAUAGCGGCGUGUCCUGGGCUGCUGUUUUGCCAGAGGCUGAUCCCCGCGCUGAUGUGUACGUGGAGGGGAGAGACCAAUUAGGAGGAUGGUUUCAGUCUUCCCUGCUGACCAGCAUUGCCGUGCGCAACAAGGCCCCCUACAGGUCGCUGCUGGUGCAUGGCUUCACGGUGACCGAGACGGGGGAUAAGAUGUCCAAGUCUGUGGGGAACGUCGUGGACCCCGACACGAUCAUCAACGGUGGAGAGGACCCGUCUGUGUCUCCGCCAUAUGGGGCAGACGUGCUGCGCUGGUGGGUGGCAGAGUCUAACAUCUUCUCUGAGGUGCAAAUCGGCCCCAAGGCUCUCAACUCUGCACAGGAGAACAUCAACAAGCUGAGGAACAAGCUGCGCUUCAUGCUGGGGAAUCUCCACGAUUUCGACCCCCGCAGCCACGCCGUGGACCCCAAGGACACGCACUACAUCGACCAGUACCUGCUGCACCUCCUCCGCGACUUCAGCAUCAAGGUCACGGACGCCUACAGCGAGUUCGACGCGGGCCGUGUCAUCAGGCUUCUCCAGGCUUUCAUCACCCGGGAUCUGUCCAGUUUCUACUUCACCAUCAUCAAGGACAGGCUGUACUGCGACGCAGCAGAUUCGCUGGGUCGCCGGUCCUGUCAAACGGUGCUGUGGGAAAUCCUAGAUGGUGUGACCCGCGCUGUGGCCCCCAUUGUACCUCACCUGGCUGAAGACCUGUACCUGCACACCCCUGGACACGAUGAGGGCGAGACGCUCUUCCGCAGCGGCUGGAUGAAAAGCAGCUCCAUGUGGAAGAAGCCAGGUCUCGAGGAGGCCGUGGAGGGGGCCUGCGCCAUCAGGGACUCGUUCCUGUCCGUCGUCUCCGCUCACAAGGCCCCCGAAUACGAGCUCACCAUCGCCAUCGAACCCGGGCUCCUCUUCGAGCUCAUGGAGUCUCUUCAGGAGGAGCCCACCUCCACCUGCUCCCAGCUCACAGAGCUGAUGAUGUCAUCGCGCACCACCCUGCUCAGCUCCAUGCCCCGGGACCUGCCCCACGAUGCACUCGUGACCAGCGGGAGCUUCCUCAUCAACCUGGAAGGUGGGGUCAUCCGCGAAGAGAGCGCCUACAGCCUAGCGGCCACGCCAUGCUCCAUGUCCCGCUGCCCGCGCUGUCGCCGCUACACAGCCGAGUCCCUUGACUGUCUCUGUCCGCGGUGCCAGACCGUCCUCGCGGGCACAAAAUGAGCAUCACUUUCACUCCUCUCUGACCUGAACCACCCAAGCAGUUAUUGGCUGACCACAGAAGCUGGACACCCUGACGCCACUGGCUGACUUCACCUCGUCACCCUGCGUUCGAUCCAUGGUUGACGUGAAUGCCAUGGCUGCCCUGACCUGGGAAGGGGGGGGGAGUGUGUACAGAUACAGCUCCUUGUGUUUGUGUGCCUGUUACCAGCCUUCUGUACAGGAAGUAAGGUCCUGUGAUGGCUCUGCUUUCCAACAGCAAAAAAUCACUGCUUCAUGAUCCUCUGUACAUCCUGUAAACAAUUUGCCUCAUCAUACAGUAUAUUUCCACAGAUCAAUAAAGU